AUGCGGCUAAAUCCAACCGAGGUGACAACUUUUAUCAAGUUUCAAUGUCAGCUGUUUAUAGGGCUAGUAACGAGUCCAUCGCGUUUGAUGCCCUGUUGUCCUAAGGGUCAAGCUGCUACUGCUGUCCCAGGGGAUGGCGGCGGAAACAUAAAAGGCUGUGCUGUUCGUUGUCAUGCUCUUCUCCCGCAUCUUCUUGUCCUUGGGAUUGGUGUGUUAGAUAUUAUCAUUCCAGCCCGUAUAUAG